AUGUCGGACUAUAAGACUCCACAGCCCUCUCCUGGGCUCGGGACUUCGGCUACUGUCAUCGGGAGCAGAGCCAGGUCCGUGUCUCCGAAACCCGUCACAAUGGGCGCUUUGGCAUCUCCUGUGUUUCACUGGGUUCAUGAUGUGGCCGCUGUCACUUUCCACAAAGCCAGACGGACACUAUUCCAGGCAGCGAUCUUAUUUUGUGUCCUGGUGCUCCUGCUGUGGGUCUCAAUCUUUCUGUAUGGAAGCUUUUACUACUCCUACAUGCCCACCGUCAGCUUCUCGACCCCUGUGCACUUCUACUACAGCUCUGAAUGUGACAGCUCUGAAUCUGCGCUCUGCUCAUUUCCCACUGCCAACAUCUCUUUUAUGAAGAACGAGAAAGACCAAGUGAUGGCCAUAGGACAGCCCUACCGCAUGUCUUUGGAGUUGGAGAUGCCAGAGUCUCCUGUAAACGAGCACCUGGGUAUGUUCAUGGUCAAAAUGACUUGCUUCACUAAAGGUGGGAAAAUGGUGUCUUCUGUGGGCCGCUCCACUAUGCUGCACUAUCGCUCCAGCCUCCUGAAGAAUAUGGGUACUCUGCUGUUUUCACCCCUUCUUCUCAGUGGGAUGGCUGAACAGAAGCAGCUGAUAGAGGUUGAACUGAUGUCAGACUACAAAACAAAUGCUUAUGAACCUACUGUUGGUGCUGUCAUUGAGAUUCAGUCCAGAAGAGUGCAGAUAUAUUCAUCUCACCUACGCAUACAUGCCUUCUUCACGGGUAUUCGUUACUUAUUGUACAACUUCCCUGUGACCUCUGCUGUAAUUGGCGUGGCCACAAACUUUGCAUUCCUCAGUGUCAUUGUGCUGUUCAGCUACCUGCAGUUUAUAUGGGGAGGCAUUUGGCCUCCAGAGCAAGUGCGAGUGAAGGUGAUGAUGGGUGAUAACAGUCGUAUUGAGCAGAGAAAGCAGGAAGUCAAGAAACGUAUGGAGAGGGAGAGCUCAAUGAAAGAACUCAAUUCUCCUAAAGUGGUUGGCCCAGUGCAUGAAGACUCAAAUCAAAAUGACACAGAGGAAGAGAAGACUCUUUCAUCAAAUGAAGAUGGCCUUGGCUUUGAGGUUCCAGAUUCUGCAGUUGAAGACGGGUCUCAUGAUAUGAAUGUUACAGAGGAACAAGAGAGUGCUGAUGUGUUUCCAGGAUGCCCGUUACCUCAGGAGAGUGAGUCCACGCUGAGGCAGAGAGCUGGCCCCUGGAUGAGCCUGUGA